GUAAAUAUGGAGGAGGUGAAACGGUAGGAGGUCGGUAAGACGCGUCCUGCUUGUAAAUUACAAUUACGCGUUUUCAUGUAAAAGAAAAGCGCAGAGGAGCUCUCCGGGGGGGCACACACCGAGCCUCGGCGGAAACCAAAGCCGGGAGGAAGCGACCUCUGCGCUGAAACGAGUUCCAGGAGGACCCACCGAUAUCCACGGAAAAGCCGACAUUGAGAAGAGAUUCAUCUGUCUGUCCAUCGUCCGUCCUCCAACACAUGGCCGACUCCGAGGACCCACUUUAACACACACAUACACUCUGUGAAAGGGUUGGGGAGGGGAUUCCAGGUUCAGCCUUCAUGAAUUCAUCACACACCUCAGAUCAUUCCAGAGCUUUGGGGUCCUUACCACAGAGGCUCUAUCUCCUCUAGAUUUCAGCCUGGCCUCAGGGAUGUACAGGAGACCCCUGCUGGAGGAUCUCAGGCUGCGUACAGUAGUGGAGGUGAAGAGCAGCCUCCCAUCGGGCAUGCAGAGCCCAGUAGGAACCGCAAGCGAGCAGAGAGGAGGAGGUGGAGAAGGCGGUGGAGGUACAGGAGAAGGCCCAGGAGGAGGAGGGGGCGGAGGCCCCGUGGACCUGCGGACAGAGUCCAGGGUGGGGACUCUGUCUGGGGGUGCAGCGGUGGACACGGCUCUGAGAGAGCAGCAGCUCCAGCAGGAACUUGUGCUGCUCAAACAGCAGCAGGAGCUCCAGAAGCAACUGCUGUUUGCGGAGUUCCAGAAAAAACACGAAGUGCUCACGAGACAACAUGAAGUCCAGCUGCAGGAACACCUGAAGGUAGAUAGUCAGCAACAACAGGAGCUGUUGGCAGCAAAACGGCAACAGGAGCUGGAGCAAAAGAGGAAAUUGGAGCAACAAAGACAUGAAGAGCAGGAGAAACAUCGACUGGAGCAACAACUGCUGCUGCUGAGGAACAAGGAGAAGGGCAAAGAGAGUGCCAUUGCCAGCACAGAGGUGAAGCUGAAGCUGCAGGAGUUCCUUCUCAGUAAGAAAGAGCCUGGCAUUGGCGGACUGAACCAUUCCUUCUCAAAGUGCUGGGGAGCCCAGCACACCUCCCUGGAGCAGGGCUCUCCUCCGCAGAGUAACACCCCGGGAACUCCUCCGUCCUACAAACUGCCCCCACUACUGGGGAACUACGAGGGCAAAGACGACUUCCCGCUCCGCAAGACAGUGUCGGAGCCUAACCUGAAGGUGCGUUCACGGUUGAAGCAGAAGGUGGCGGAGAGGCGGAGCUCCCCGCUCCUUCGCAGGAAGGAUGGAACCGUUAUCAGCACCUUUAAGAAGAGAGCCAUAGAGAUAUCAGUUUCCUCCCUCUGUAAUAGCGCUCCAGGUUCAGGUCCCAGCAGUCCCAACAGUUCCAAUUCAGCUAUCGCCAAUGGCAACACGGGAUCGGUUCCCAACAUACAGACAGAGCUGAGAUCUCUCCAUCAGACACUGGGGGCUGAUGGGACAUUGAGUCCUCUGAAUCUCUACACCUCGCCCUCUUUGCCGAAUAUCUCCUUGGGCCUCCCUGCCAACACACACAUCACGCCGCCCCAGAAUCUCUCUACCCAGCAAGAGGCCGAGCGUCAAGCCAUCCAAUCACUGCGAGGGGGCGGGGCUUUAACAGGGAAGUUUCUCUCCACAUCCUCCCUACCUGCAGGGGUGGGGCAUGAUGUGGAGACAACGCCCCCCAGCUCUCAUUCUGCCCAUUCCUCGUUACUGCAACAUGUACUACUGCUGGAGCAGGCCAGACAGCAGACCGCCAUGCUAGCUGUCCCCAUGUACAGUCAGUCGCCGCUGGUUACGGCAGAGAGAGGCGUGUCCAGCGGCAUGCGGGCGGUCAACAAGCUUCCUCGCCAUCGGCCACUGGCACGGACCCAGAGUGCACCUUUGCCCCAGUCCCCCCAGGCCCUGCAGCAGCUGGUGGUCCAGCAGCAACACCAACACUUCCUGGAAAAACACUACAAGAUACUAUCGAAGGGGGCAGAGCUUCCCAGGCCACCGCCAACCCACCCAGAGGAGACAGAAGAGGAGCUAACAGAGACCAAUGACAUGCAGGAGGAUGAUGGAGGGGCAAGCCUUCACAGGCUUCAGAAGGAGGGGUCAGACGACAGCACGCCCACCUCUGAGCGACUUAGUGUGCACGUGAAGAGUGAGGAGGAGCACGGGGGCAUGCACGUGAAAGGGGAGAGUACCGAGAGUGAGCUGGACGAAGAGGACGAGGACGAAGACAUCAUCCAGCUGAGGGAGGGCGACGAUGAGGAGAGGGGGAGCUACACACAGGCCUUGCAGCAGCUGGGUGUGUUCCAGUCCUCGCUGCCCCACAGACCCCUGGGAAGAGCGCAGUCCUCCCCUGCAGCCACUGUCAAUCCCAUCAAACACCUCUUCACUACCGGGCUUGUAUAUGACAGUCUGAUGUUGAAGCAUCAGUGUGUGUGCGGCAACGCUCACAUCCACCCAGAGCAUGCUGGGAGAGUGCAAAGCAUCUGGUCCAGACUGCAGGAGACGGGCCUGCUAGGUCGCUGUGAGAGGAUUCGUGGGCGUAAAGCGUCUCUGGAUGAGAUCCAGUCUGUCCAUUCAGAGUUCCACACUCUGCUGUAUGGAACCAGUCCGCUGAAUCGACACAAACUGGACCACAAGAAACUGCUAGGUCCAAUCAGCCAGAAGAUGUAUGCUGUUCUACCCUGUGGAGGAAUAGGGGUGGACAGUGACACAGUGUGGAACGAGAUGCACUCGUCAGCGGCGGUCCGCAUGGCGGUCGGCUCGGUCAUCGAGCUGGCCUUCAGAAUAGCGGCAGGGGAGCUGAAGAAUGGCUUUGCAGUGGUGCGUCCGCCCGGUCACCACGCCGAGGAAUCCACCGCCAUGGGGUUUUGUUUCUUUAAUUCAGUAGCCAUCACAGCCAAGCUGCUGCAACAGAAACUGGGAGUGGGCAAGAUCCUCAUUGUGGACUGGGACAUUCACCAUGGCAACGGCACCCAGCAGGCCUUCUACAGCGACCCCAACGUCCUCUACAUCUCCCUCCAUCGCUACGAUGAUGGAAACUUCUUUCCUGGCAGUGGAGCUCCUGAGGAGGUGGGAUCAGGUGCAGGUGUUGGUUUUAAUGUGAACAUAGCGUGGACUGGAGGAGUAGAGCCACCUAUGGGUGAUGUGGAGUACCUCACUGCCUUUAGGUAUGUGGUGAUGCCCAUUGCCCAGCAGUUCAGUCCAGAUGUGGUUCUGGUGUCCGCAGGCUUUGACGCAGUGGAGGGUCAUCAGUCUCCUCUGGGAGGAUACAACGUCUCCGCCAAGUGUUUCGGUCAGCUAACGCAGCUGCUGAUGGGUCUGGCGGGUGGGCGCGUUGUCAUGGCGCUGGAGGGCGGUCAUGACCUCACCGCCAUCUGUGACGCAUCAGAGGCAUGUGUCUCUGCGCUUCUGGGAGACCCGUGUGACUCUGUGUUUCAGUGGCCUCUGGAGAAACCCUGUCCAAAAGCUUGGGCCUCACUGGAGAGAGUAAUAGAGAUCCAGAGUAAACACUGGUCUUGUCUCCAGAGUUUGUCUCAGACGAGUGGCCACUCGCUAUUGGAUGGCCCCCUGGGGGCUCAGGGCCAAUCAGAGGAUGAGGCAGAAACAGUCAGCGCCAUGGCCUCCCUAAGUGUUGAUGUUGAGCAGCCGGGCUCUCUUCCUGACAACGCAGAAACCAGCAGGUCCACGGAGGAACCAAUGGAAGAAGAGCCUGUAUUGUAGGAGGAACUUAAACAAGAACCACACAAAGAACUCUGCACUCACCUCCUUCUGGCACUUCCUCUUCCUUUUCCUCUUCCUCCGCAGGGUGUGUGUCGGAACACACACACCCAGAGUGGAAUUGUGCCAUUGUGGAAGACUCCGAUUGGCUGAGGAGAACAUUAUGGAGGCAGGAGUAGGCGGGCCCUGUGACAAACAUGGAGACAUCUCUUUUCUGUUGGUUCAUCAGCCCAAGGAGGAGCAGACGACUUGUUAGCAUCUCCAUGGGAACCAGAGGAGGAGAGGGUCAGCGAGGAGACGCGUCUUUUAACCUGUAUACUUUACCACCUGUACACAGCACCACUGAAAAUUUCCCUACUCUUCUCGUCUUUCUAUUUUGUCCCUACUCCUCUGCUUCCACAGCGGGACGAUGACUGUGGGAAAUCUGAAUCUCGUCAAAAUGUCAGACACCAAGCGGACGACUUGUCUUCUUGUCUGUCUGUCUGUCCGUCAGAGAGACAGGCUUACCGAACAUGGGUUUGGCUGGCGGAGGAGGAAUAACCCGGCUUUUAAAAUAAGCAGAGGAGGAGGAGGAACUAGGUGCCUUUUUUUUUUAAAACAAGCCGUCCAAUCACAAACCACAAAAACACCACCACCGCAGCACCUCAGCAAACCGACCAGCCAAUCAGGACUGAAGGAACACACUGAUGCACACACACAACAACACAACACUCUUGUUGUUUCAGUCAGUCAGUUCAUUUUUCAGUCUUUGUUUCUUCAUCUGGAUGCCUUAAUUUGUUCUUAUCUCACUAUUUAGCAACCUUGAGAGAGAGAGUGAGAGAGAGAAUCACAAGAGUUGAUAUAAAUAUAUAUUCAGAAAUGUAUUCAAACUGCUAAGAAUUGUAUUUUCUUUCAAAUCUUCAUGCCAGGUAUUACCAACAGACUGAUUUUCUUUGAGGGAAGAAAAGCCUCUAAAGCCAUCAUUUCACACUAGAAAUCCCCAGUAAAAAUCUCCAUUGAAUAUUAACAUAACGUUAAUAAUAAUAUUCAAUCAGACUUUUGUGGGAUCUGGUGAGAGUGUCUCAGGAUCAGCCCUGUUUUAGCAGUAUUCACUGUUUGAAAUAUGUCAUUUAUGGAACUGCUUCACUACAGACCACCACCCCUCUGUCACUGGUCUCUCUUCUCUUUCACUCAUUUUGGUCGAGAGUCAUGUGACCUGAGCCCCGUUCCUUCUUCUCUAAAGGGGAUUGUGGGAUUUUGUGGCACGUUUUUGAAACACCACAACGACCACCACGUCCCUCUUUUUUUUUCUAUUGUAAUAUUUCCUGUUUGGUGUAAAUACUGUCUCCUACCCUGUUGCCCACGGUUCCGUCACAGCAGACUUAGUGUGGUCACUUUUCUAUAUCUGUACAUACAUAUAUGUAUAAAAACACAAAAUACUUUCUUUUUUUGUAUAAAAAAGAAAACAUAAUAUACUAUAUAAAUAUAUAUAUAUAUGUAAACAGUGUUUUAUCCAAUCAGAUUGGAUUUAUGAAUAUAUUCUAUUUGGAGAUUUGAUGUUUUAAAGGUUUGGCAAUUUGACAGAAGUAAGCACACGGUCUGAUGUCAUCAGACCAUUGUUUGAUUGUUUACAGAUGGCUGGAUAUUGUUGUCGUAGUGGUUGUUGUUGUUGGAGGUGAACAGCGAGCUCCUGUUCCUCUGGCAGGACCAGGCAGGCACCGCUGGCCUCCACAGGCAAACAACAGCAACUACAGAAAAGGAGAGACUUGGGUCAAAGGUCAUGACUUGAUAAAUAGGUUGGUCCAGUGAUGAUGUAUAUUUGUAGUCCAACAGGGAGUAAGCUAGCCCCUCCAUGGCUUAUGAUAUUCUCAGAACUGAGCGGUUCCAAAAAUGUCUUACAGCAACAACGUUGAAAAUUCGAACUCCCCACAAGGUUGGUAGUCUUCUUAGCGACUCAUAAGAUGACCAAGAAAGGUCGCUUCCAUUAAACUGAAUACAAACCCAUAUAAAAUCAAAGAUGACGCAGCAAGUGGCAGCGUGUUCAGGGUACCACCAGUCAGAGUUGAUGGAGGUCUAAGAGAUGUGGGGGAAUGGUACAAAACAAAAGUUCUUUCUCAUUAGCGUAGAUGAUGAUGACUUGGCUAUUUUCAAUUCAACCCACAACCAAAAAUAUUUAGGUACGAGCUACCAAGAUGACAUUAUAUUCUCCGUGGAAAAGAGCAUGCAAGCUGCUACUGCGGGGGGGGCAAACAAAUUACCUCAGUCUACCUCAGAGCUAUUUCGUCACAGUUGAGAAGGGGCCACAGAAUUCAGCUUAACUGAUGUGUCAACUGCGAGGAGACACAUACAAGCUAGUUUUGUGCGGUGAAACCAUUGUUUUUUUUGCGUGCAAUGUGUAUGUAUUUGAAUUUAAGUUUACUAGAGAAGACCUUUCUUGGUCAGAGUCUUUGCGGGUUCCUUAGUUUGCACCCAUCAUUGAAGAGGCCUACCAUGUGGUAAUAUUUUCAAUGUUCUUGCUGUAACAAAUGCUAUGACCCACUCAGCGACCGCCAUACAUAGCAUGCUGUUCCUGAAUCAGGGCUGAUGAACCACUCUGCCACUGAAAUGGCAGCUCAGGACUGCGUAGUUGUGUUUUUAUAUGAAAGAAACUGCAUAUGAGUCAGCACUACUCACACCAGGUCAAAAUGAUCACAAGCUAACAAUUGGCUAGCCUUUGAAAAAAUUAACUUGAGGUCUUAUUGCUCUGGUGCCAUUUAGCUUAUUUGGCUAACUUAUGCGCUAACGUUACUUAAUCAAAAUAAAAACAACAAUAAAAAACUACACUUGAUUUGGCAUAUCUAUUAAAAAGUAUCCUUAAAUUAAAACUUUGAGCUUUUACUGUUUGAAAGAAGACUGUUCUGACAAAUUUAAUUGCAACUUUGAAGACGUUAAAAAAAACUUGCUUUAUCACAACUCAUAAAAGUGUCAAAAUGGCUAGCGUGGCUCAAACUUGCUAACUACAGUAAGGUUGUGCGUUCACUAGACUUUCUGAGCGCCAGUUUAUCGCAGUUUUUCCCGCUUCAAGUCACCUCCAACCUACAGCCUGUUUUAGUGCAUUUCUUGUUUGGCUACCUUAAAGCCCAGCGCAACCUUUUCAGAGAUGUAAUGUGUUUUCCAGUAUCACAAAUCACAUUAGGGUCUGGAGCUGGAAGCUACCGCCGCUUCUCUGCUCACUGAAGACGCCCAGUGGACGCAAAGUUUCAGAACUGGACCACUCUAGUACCCACACCUCUAGAAACUCACCUCAGACUAUCGAGUCCCUCAGUAAGCGGACUCUGCCGGAAACACGUCUUUAACCUCACUCAAGUCCAUUUCCCAGGACCCUCUGUGGUGCAGCGAGUGUUGUAGCUGACGCUGCUACCUCUGGGUCCCAUCUGUUCAAAGCAAUAUAACACUGACUGGGACAGAGAGAGAAAGAACUAGUGUCCAGCUUUAGCGUUGCGGCAGCUUACAUCAUUCGUACAGCUCCCUUUAGCUUUUACACAUGUGGUUGAGUGCUUUUUGUGCGUAUUAUCUGUCAGGUGGAACGGGCAGAGUAUCGACUGAUCAACAGAUUGAUUGAUUUAUUGAGCUGUGUUUCCAGGAGGUUGAGUGUAGUCUUUUUGUACUAAUGUAAACACUAAGGCCAUUUUGACCAUUAUACCUGUAGUCAGUAAUAGCAGCACCUCUUGUUGGGGGGGUGGAUAAAGCGGUGGAGUGGACGGAGCGGUAACUCAAGAAGACCUUGUUGCCACAGAACAUGGUAGCGAUGGACGGCGUUGACGUCUGAGCUCGACUGGAGUUCAUGCGGGCACAAAGGAAAAAAACAAACGAGCAAUCGACAACUGAGAAGCCUGUCAGUUAGGAAAAUAAUACCUAAUAAAAAUGCCUUAAUAUUUUCUCAACUGUUACGGAAAUUUAGAACCAACAAGUAAUGAAAUCAGAUUGUCUGUUGAAGAAUUUAGUAUUUCCCCUUUCACUGGGGCAGCAUCUAGUGGCAAUUAGAGGAACUGCAACUUCAAAUAUAUUGUUUUCAACUUGAAGGGCAACUUGACGUUUCUUAGUUUGGGCCUUUCUUCCCUUUUUAUUAUAUCAUCUCUUCUUCUGUGGUUUAAUAGGACCCGACUGGAGAAUCAGUGCAAACCAACUCCUAAAAUUCGUAUAACAGUAGUGGAUGGUAAUUAGUAUUUUCUUCUACAUCUACAUGGAAAUUUGACUGUUGACAGCAGGCGUGGGUUAGGAACAGCUAAAAAUACUUUGGACACCGGGGCGUGUGUUCCCUUUACAUGUCGGCCUUUUGUUGCACUGAUGUAGUGCUUUUGCUCUCGUGAUCAGAAGUGACAGCCACAGUUACAAAAAUAAAACGUAAAUUGUAACAUCGUAACAAACGGAAUAAUCCUUUAAGUCGGGCUGGUUGCUGCUUGGUACACAUGAGCACAGAUUGCGGAGGUCACCAUGGCCGUCUGGUCCUGAGUCUUAGUAAAAAUAAACACCCAGAGAACCAUCUGCACCACCGGAGUUUCCCUCCUGUACAUUUAAAACUUUAACAAUACAACAUGAACAGUGCUGACAGAGUCUGAUGGUGUCAUCAGGGUGACGAAACCUCCCCAUUCUGGAGGCCACACAGCUUUACUGUUGCUACCACCCAGCCACACACACACUAAGGUGAAACGCACACUUUCACAUAUACACACACAGACUAUUUUGCUACAUGAGUUAAUACUGUAUAUUUCUUGAUAUGUUUGAUACUGUGGUGUAAAUGUAGUGUCCUGCUAUGAUGCGGUGUGGUGGGGGGGGGGGUGUUUUUGGACAUUUGGGCAGGAGGAGGUUCAGCAUCAGUGUGACUGUCACCCCUCUCUCUCUAUUACCCUCCUCCUGUUUUUGAGGGGAGGCGGCCUCUCCCUUACCUUUCUCUCGUCCGGCCGGUGACUGAAGAAUUGUAAAAAAAAGCCGUUUUGUUGGAACUGAUCACAAGCACAUUCCUGACUAUUCUCUGUCCGUGCUGUCGUUUUAUCCAAUUCUUUCUUGUUGCGACAAUACAACAUGUGUCUAGUUCUUGCCGACUCACAUGUAUAUAAAGUGCAUAUAUGUGUACACAUGUGCAAUACACGCUAUUCGAGCAAUCUAUUACUGUGACUAUUAUUGAUGAUAUUUGUCCCUGUUUCAAAGUUUCAGCCCGUUUUUUUCUUCUUGUCCUGAUUUCCUGUUGAUGAAUUGUGUUGCAGGAGUUUAAAAAGGGAAGGCGACUCGUGAUUCUUCACACUCAGUUUAAUUUCAGGGGUUUGUGGACAUUUUAAUUAAAGCCCUUUUUUAUUACUCUCAAUGUAAUGUUGUGACGUUGAUCCUGAUGAUCUGUUUCUUUGUUUGUUUUUUAAGUGGGCCUGUUGUUAAAAUUGUCUGGAAACUCAAUAAAGCAAUUCACUGAC